AUGGGGUUCGACCGUUUGCUUCAUGUAGGAGAAUGUUAUGACUUCAUGAGAGUUGGCUUCAUGCCUACUCAUGUUGGUCCUUUGGGCUACAUCUUCUGUUUAUGUGCCGACUACUUUGUGGUCCUAUCUCCACAAAGUAUGGCUAAUGCACCACCGAGAGAGCUAUGGAUUUGUCAGUGUCCUCGUACCUUUAUAGAAUUCGAGGAUGUAUACGCUCAAGCUGAGUACUUUUUUGUAGAUGUCAUUGGUAUAGUUGUGCAUGUGUCUAAUAUUCGAGGAAGGGAUGACGUACGGAUGCGACCGUACAGAUAUGUGGUGCUGAUGAAUGAAAGGUACCACUGCAUCAUAAUAACUGUCAAGUAUACACACAUAUGCUGUCACUUAUCGGAAUGGCGGCGAGCGACAUCAGAGUUGCGCAUUUUAGCUGGUCUCCAUGUACAAAUGAAUAGAAAGAGAGGCCUACGCAAUCGUCUGCUUGUUGAUGAAGCCAGACGUCGCCGAGUUCAAGAAUUUGCUAAGGACACCGUGUCGCGUCUCAUAGAUUUAGAGAACUAA